GAUUUUCUUAUUUAAACUCAAUCGAAUUGCAAUUGGCGCGUUUAAAGCACUUUUAAGAAUAAUAGGAUUCAAUUUAUAAAAUGAAUAAAUAAAUUAAUAACUUUAAUAUUAAUUUCAUAGAUAAUUUAAUAUAUACAUGUUAAAGUAUAAUAUAAAUAAUAUAGAAUAAUUAUUAAAUAUGAAAAGGAUCAAGGUUACAAUAAAUAAACCGAAUCCAUUGUUUGAGCUCUGGCUGGAAGAAUGGAAAAAAAAAGCAAUAUCUCAAAAAUCUGAUUUGCAACAUCAUUUUACAAAAGCUUUGAAUACUUUAAGAAGAUAUCCAUUACCAUUAGAUUCUGGAAAAGAUUGUAUAAUAUUAAAACAUUUUGGCUUAAAAUUAUGUACAAUGCUAGACAAAAGACUCGAAGAACAUAAAGUGCAUCAAAAAGAAAUGGAGCGUACAAAUAAUGUUUGCAAGUGUGAUAGUUGCUGUCGUAGUGAAUUCAUUCUUUCAUCAAGAGAGAAACGUAUAGAAAUGUAUGAAGAAGAAAUUAAAAAAUAUAUAAUAAGGCAAACAGAAGCAACAUCUAAAAAGUCUUCUUUGUCGUCAUGGAAUUUUGCUUGUUAUGCCAUAUUAUUAACGUUAUACAAUAAAGAAGGAGAUUCAAGUUAUUCUGAAUUAUUGUAUAAAUCUAAACAAUUAUACAAUACAUCACUAAAAUCAUUGGAUCCAGAUUUAUAUGAUGGGAAAUCAUCAAUUUCUAUAUUAAUUGCUAGCAAAUUAAUACGGUUAAAGCAGUUUCCUAUUAGGUGUCAUUUAACUAAACAAGGGAUACAUUUAGCUAUAAAAAUAAAACAAAUUUUUAAUUUGAAAAACUAUAAUAAACACUUACUCCAACUUUAUUUUAAAAAACUGAAAAAUUCUUUACCAACACAAAACUAUGAUUAUGUUACGGAUAAGAUCUAUGUUAAAGGAGGAAGUAUUCCUAAAUUCAGUAAUGAAAAAUAUAUAAUUGAAAAUGAGGAAAAUAAGGAAAAAUCUCCUUUAUUUAAUUAUUUAAAAACAUCUGAUCAACAAAAUACAAUAAAACUAUCAUCAAAUGUGGUAGAUAUUAUGUUAAAUGGAACUCAAGAUGAAAUAAAAUUAAGACCAAAUUCUUUUGACAUAGUUUUAUUGGUAGAUACUAAAGAGACUUGUGGUGGAAAAACAAAACCUCAACAUGAUGCAACGUUGAUUGAAUUAAAACAAUUAGGAAUAUUAUUUGAAAUACGUCAUUUAAGAAUUGGCGACUUUACCUGGAUUGCUAAAUGUAAAUAUACUAAGAAAGAAUUAGUUUUACCAUAUAUAGUAGAAAGAAAACGAUUAGAUGAUUUAAGUGCAAGUAUUAAAGAUGGACGAUUUCAUGAGCAAAAGUUUCGUUUAAAACAAUCUGGAAUACAAAAUCUUUUGUAUAUAGUAGAAGAUCACGAUAAGAUUAUACGAACUGGAAUUCCACUUUCAACGCUACUACAAGCAUCUGUUAAUUCAUUGGUACAAGAUAAUUUUAUUGUCAAGUAUACAGAUAGUCAUCAAGAUUCAAUGUCAUAUUUGGCAACUUUAACAAGUAUUUUAUGUAAACUUUAUGCUAAAAAGUAUUUAAUAGAAUGUAAAAAAGAGAAUCUUCUACCAACAAACAUUUCCAGCAAUUCUAUUUCAGUAAUGAAAUUUGAAGAAUUUAAUAAAGCUGCAUCUAAAUUGAAAAAUUUUAAUGUACGACAAAUGUUUGUUCGUCAAUUAUUACAGUUGAAAGGCAUGUCAGUAGACAAAGCAUUAGCAAUUGUCGAAUGUUAUCCUACACCACUCAUAUUAAUUAACGCGCUGCAUAAAUCUAAUUGUGGAAAAACAUUAAUAGCAAAUAUACAAUAUGGACAACAAAAACGACAAAUUGGACCAGCUAUUAGCAAAACUGUUUAUUUAUUUUAUACACAACAAGAAUUGAAAUAAUUACAUUGCAGAA